UUUUGGCUUUUGGACGGCGGGGAGUUGGACGACGUCCCACGGCCCGAACGAGUCCAUCUCUUGCUAUGACCACAGGUUUGACCCUCCAGCACCUCUACUCGCAGCAGUACACGCAGCCAACGUCGUCGGCGUCGAACCCAGCGCUCUCGUCUAUGUCGUCUUCGCACAAUUCGGGAAGCGGGCCGAACUCGCAUCAUGCCGCCGGACCCGUGCACCAACGGCAAACGUCGCCGCACAACAGCAACGUCAUGAACAAACCGCAACACGGACAACACAUGCCCACGCACCACAACAACCACCACCAACACCACAUGCCAAACCCGCCGUCCCAACAUCACAGUGGUCACCACGGCGGCGACGACUUUGUCGCGGACCCGCUGCCAUUCAAUUACGAUGUCAUGGAAGCUACAUUUGACGACCGGUACGGACGAAACAACAACAGUGGCAAUGUUCGCUCGCUUGCUCCGCCAUCCGUCAACGAGAAACCUCUCCAUCACGCGCCCCAACAUCCGCAGCAGCAACAUCCGAUGCGGUAUGGCAGUCUGCUCUCUGGCAUGCAGCACCAGCACUCGCAACAAUACCAGGACUCAUACAACGACGCGGCCGCUUCGGUUCCCCACCACCAGUACGAUACCCGCCGCGAGCAACACAAUCUGCCCAUGAAUGACCGACCGACGACCAAGGACUCGUAUCACUUUAUGUCUCAACAUGCCUCGCACCCCAACGACCACGACGCUUCCGUGGGGCGCCUCGCUUCAACUUCGCACUACUCAAUGCCAGACUUGCAUUCCAACAUGGGCAAUCACGGCAAUAGCAUGCCCAUGUACCAUCAGUCGUCCCCUGCGUACUCGACGAGCGGCCCUUCGACCUCGCAGCAUUCAACUUACUCGACUUUGAUGGAGUCGCAUCACUCUGGAAGCAGCGUGUCUUCGAUCCUUCCCACGAAGAAGGAUAUGCCCCCAGUAUAUCACAACGACUAUAUGGACACUCGUCCACCCCACCACUCGACCCACGCCCCAUUGCCGACGUCUGCGCACAUGUCUGCGUCGUUGGCGUCGGCGCAGUCUCCCCAGGAAGCCGUGAUCAAGGUGAAAACGUCGUUGAAGAACAAGUACUGGCGCAAUGGUCGCCGCAACCUCCAAUGCUUCCCGUCAUGCAAAGUGUUUGGCGAUUACAGCCAAAUCAAGAUUGAAGACUUGAAACAACAUGACUUCAUGUGGGGCAAGUGCCGCGGCAGCUUAAUUGCCGAAGUCACCCUCAAUUCCAACGCGACCUUCGACGACAUCCUGCUCUUGGGUCGUGUCCACUCUUUGGAGAACAUUCCCGUGCCGUUUGACGAAGCCGUGAUCCGCGAAUGCAUGAUCGGUCGCGUUGUCGAGCCCGACGUGAUGGACACGAUGAAGGAGCAAUGGAUCCAAGGGGAGCGACUUCCUGACUUUAUCAAUCCGAACCAGAGCAUCACGUGCUACGAGUUCAAGCCCAAGGUGUGGAAAUACACGGACGACAUGGUCCAUGGCAAGUGCAAGCGCCGCAACGUGCGCUACUACGUUCAAUUUGAAGCGUUUGUGCCUGUGCUUUCGGGGGACCGUCGGUGCUUUGUCUGCAUUGGGUCGGGCAUGUCUUCAUCGUUUGAAGUCGGAUCGUCCCGCGUCCUCGCUCGCCAAAAGCGCAAGGCGAACACUGGCGACGACGACGAAGACGACAAGGACUCGAACGAAAACUUUGACCAGAACGAGUCGGGCAACAGCCGCCGAUCCGCCAAGCGAGCCGCCAACCCCUCCAACGGGUACUCCAUCUAGCGACCACGCGGGAAAUAUGAGGAAGCUGUCAGUAUGUCGUAAUAGUGUUUCUGUUGUUGUCCUCGGGAAGCAGGGUGUUCUCUGAUUGGGUAAAAUCCAUGCCUUUAUUUGAAAUGGAGCACGCUGAUUCGUCC